AUGGACAAUACAAUCUACCUACAGAUUUCUACAGUAUAUGAACCUGCUAAAGAUAUUAGAAGGUGCAAGAUUAUAGAGUUGAUAAAGGUUAAACAUGAUCAAUUUCGGACUAUAAAGAGGGAGUAUGUGGAACUUGAUUUUGCUAUUGUUCCAGAAAUGUCAGGUUUUAUUGACAGAUUUUACGAUCCUGUAACGAAUUUAGAACAUUAUUUUAUUUCUAAUUUGUUCAGGGAGAACGUUUCUAUAGGACUGGUAAGGUACGCAGGAUCCACUAUCGAUGAUAGAGUGGAAGGGGUGAUUUGCAAGGAAGUAUUUGUCUCCUCAGAUGGAGAUUCAAGAGAGUUUAUAGUUAUAGAAACGCUAGUUAACGAUGGGUUUAUCAUAAGGACGCUUCACAGGUGGUUUGGGGUUACCAAUGUACUUCUUUUUGUUAAAGAGGAUAGGGUGGAAUAUGACAUUGGAAGUCAGAAAUGGCUCAAUUGA